CAGAUAUCUUUAGAAUGUAACUGCGCAUGCCCGAGUAUGAUUACCCAACAAACAUGGCGGCGCCCUACGUGACAACGAUUAGGACAGCACUGACAGGUCUGCACUUAUUUCCAGGCCGUUUGCUCCUGUCUCAGAGGAUCCAAACCCUGACAGUGUGUCAGUCUUUCCGGCUGCAGGCUGCUCGCAGUCGGCUGCUUCAUGUCUCCUCUGCGCCCUCUCUGUGCAGCUCCAGGAUGGAGUCCCAGCCUCACAUUAAAGCCAGCUCACAGUCAGGUGAUAAAAAAGCAGCUGAGGAAGAAGAGGAGGAACCUGAGGGUCCAGACUAUAUCCCUAGGACCAAAGCGAAAAACCCAAUGAUGAAGAUUGGCUACGCCUGGAUGAUCGGCCUCCCCUCGGGAAUCAUCGGCUUUCUUCUGGCAAAGAGACAAGUGGACAAGAACCGCCUGAAGCAGCUAAAAAUUCGACAGAGGAUGAGGAAUUCAAACGAGGGAGAAUAUGAAGGGAGCCGCUACCGCCAUCAAGGAGAGGAGGUCAAACUAGACCGAUAAACUGGACCGCACGCAUGGCUGCUGUGAUUUGCACCAAAUCCUGAAGAUCUCUAAAGAGAAGCUGACUCCUUCACUGCAGCCACACAGACUGAAACACAAAAGAAACUCUCUGGGAGGUUGUGAUAGGGCUGAUGCUGGAAAUCAGUGGAGUAUAUGACUGAGCCUUUAAUGGGGACAUUGGAUCACAAGUAUGGAAAUGUCUUGUAAAUUUGAACCACUGACCCAUUUUAACAUGAAUUAAAGUUAAGUAAAUGACUAAUAUGUGUAAGCUUGUCCAAUAUGGUUAAGUAGCUCAGUGCAGCAAUCAGAUGAGACAGCUGUAAUGGCAUUCAAAGUAAAUCCUGCAGGGAAAGGUUGUCAAAAUUUGGACACUUCAGUAUGUUUUGAUACUUCUCAAAACCAUAUGCUAUAAAAAAAAAUGCUAUAUCUGCGAUUUUAAUGUUCAACAGAAUUGAAAGUUAUCAAAGCUUUGUAAAAAUUUGUUAUUUUCAGCCUUAGUUUUAACCAAAUGAGUCCUAGCAAAAGACAGAGAAAUGUCUAAGCUGCACAAUAACUUUGGCAGCAUUUCUACACUGAAACAUUGCCAACAUAUUUGGGAAAUUUGGACAUUCUGCAAGAGUUUGCCUGUGAAUAAAAGCUAGAAUUUUUCAAAAUUGA